CACUAAUCGCCAGUCUUUCUAGAGUUUUCAGCUGACAAGUACGUACGUCUCGAACAAAGAAUAAGCAGUCAAACGAUUUUUAUUAAUUUGAAAAACAAGUCAACAAAAUAUAGUCGCAGUUUUAAUCAAAUUGAAGACCCGACAAUGGAUUUCGGUGCACUGCUGCACUAUGCCAAAAAGAACAACGAUGCAGCCACUAAAGAAGAGCAGGGAAAAUACUAUAGCACGAAAUAUGCGCCGCCGAAAAAGGAGAGCAAGGAGAGCAAACAGCUGUCCAGCAAUAUACAGAAAUUCCUGAAGAAGCGCGAAGCGGAGGAGGCGGAACGCAAGCGACAGGAGCGCGAGAAGCUAAACAGCCUGCUGGCCAUGCGUGACGAGAAGUCCAAGAAUAAGAUACGCAAAAUGUUGAAGGUCACAAAAUCGGCUAACAAAUCGGUGCUGGAGGAUGCCAAGGACUGUGAUAAUAUGGCGCUGGGCGCCGGCGAACAGCCGGAGGGCGAUGACUAUGGCUAUGUGUCGACCGAGGCGAAUGCCUUCUAUCAGAAAUACAUUGAGAAGGUCAAGGAUGUGCAGGAGGAUAAGGGCUUUGCGCCCAGUCGGCCGCAAUCUGUACGCGAUCUAUCCGGCACCAAGGAGCGCGUCAAGGCGGCCAUAACACGCGAACGGGAAGAGGCGAAAACGCAUACACGACAGCGCAUCAGCCAUGGUUCAACGCCACGCUCCACAGACAAGGAGCCGCAGGUGGCGCGCGCAUAUGGCACCGCGGACAAGAAGCUCUACGAUCCGGAUGCCGAGCGUCGGGACGAGGAGCGCAAGAAGCGCGAGGAGGAACAGAAAAAGGCCAAGGUUAAGCGGCCGGCGCAGCCGCCGCCCAUGGACUUUCAGGCGCUGCUGCGGCUCGCCGAGAAGAAACAGCACGAGCCCGUCAACAUAGCCAUGCCCGAGAAGAAAAAGGAGCCGGAGCGUCUGCUGUCGGCGCGAGAGAAGCGCGAACAGGAGGAGCGCCAGCGAUGGAAGGAGCAGCGUGCCGAGCGCGAACGCAUGCGCGAAUCGGAGGCGAAGGCCAAGGAGCAGCGCAAAGAGAACGGCAACAGCCAACAGCGCGUCAUGGCGCCAAACGGACGCAUACCCAAGCUGAAUAAGGCGCCGCCCGCCAAAGCGCCAGCCGGAACAGCAAUUCCGUCCAGUGCCAGCGAAUCCAAAGCAAAGCCCACAAGUGAUAGCCUUAAACGGCCGGCGUCCACAGCGCCCAGCAGCUCCAGCGCCAAACUCAGUGCCAGUACAAAGCCAGCCAGCGGGAGCGGAAGCAAUGCCGGCAAGCGUCCGCCCGCGGCCAGCAGCGGGACAAGGCCAGCCUCAGCUGGAGCUGGUGCGGCUGCUUCUGUUGCUGCCGCGGCCAGCUCAAAGCCCAGUGGAAGUGUGCAAUCUCGUAAUCCGUAUGCGUCCGUUAAUAAGAAUGGCGGCACGCGUGAAUUUCCGCCGCGAGACGCUUCCAAGACGCGUGCAUUUCCGCCCGCCGAUGUUCAGCGCCCGCCCAAUCGCAGGCCGUUGCCAGUCGAUGCACGUGGACGUGGUGGAGCAACCGCAGCCGGACGCAAACCAGCCGAGCCGGGCAACAAAAGACGCAUUUAUGAUGAUGAUUCCGAGUAUGAUUCCGAGCUGGACGACUUUAUUGACGAUGGCGACUGCGAGGAGGAUAUAUCAUCGCAUAUACGCGACAUCUUUGGCUAUGAUAAGCGCCGAUAUCGCGAUCUCGACGAGGAUGAUGCCCAAAUGGAAUCAAGUUUUGCUCAAGUGCAGCGCGAAGAGUUUAUUAGUAAGAAAUUAGGUUUACAAGAGGAUCUGGAGGAUAUGCGCAUGGAGGCGAUGCAUAAAAAACGCAAAAUGGCCAAAAAGCGACCAACGCGCAUCGACGACUAAUUCGCCCCGCCGCCCGCCCUCCGCCACAACUUUCCACACACACAACUCACACACACACACACAUCUCAAUUCUGAGCAGCGCCCCUUGAAUGUCCUUACCCUCUCGAGGCACACUUAACCAAAUUCAAGUUCAGUCCGAUUGCCCUGAACUUAUUGGGUUGAGAUUGUGUGGCGCUGCUUUUAGUUAAUUUUGUUAAAUGAAAUGCAAUCAUUUUUGUGUGUGUGUGUGUUUUUUUUUUUUUGUUUCGUUUAGAUACCUUAAUUUGGUGCCGUAGUUUAGUGCAAGACCAAACCCUUAUGCAAUAUGAACACACACACAAACACACACACGAGCAAAGGAAACACAAAGAAAUUUCAUAUUUUUGCUACCCGUUCAAAUUUAUUGUACAUUUACAAGCCAUUGCAUAUCUCAAUUAUGUUUAUACACAUUGUUAAGCCUUGUCGCGUGCUGUAUACUCUGUAAAACUGUUUCCACAUACAUCAGAUACAUAUAUAUACAUAUAUAUAUAUAUAUAUAUAUAUAUAUAUGUGGUGUGUCAUGGAACCCCUUUUAUUGGUACUCCCAACUGCUGUCAACAAUAUACACGAAAUUAUCAAAUUUCCAAUGAAUAAAUUAAUUUUUUAAAUUCCA